AUGGCCAACACCGACAAACGCCGCAACUGGACGCCCGAAGAAGACGUAGUGCUGCUCAUCAAUUCGCCGCCGACCUACCCUUUGCAGCUGACAAGGGUCAAGUUACGAAGUCCUGGCAAUCCUUGGCGGACAAAAGAGCACCGCAAAUUUGACAUGGCAUCUGCAAAACUCUCAGGGGUCGACCAAGAGGAGUUGGAGAAGCAUACCCUGCUCGACGACUUGCUGCCGUUGCUGGACUUCGGCGGACUCGGAUACUAA